UACAUACGUAGCUUAGGGUCUUUGUUGUCACACUUUUGCUGUGAUUUAAAGCUUGUAUCAUCUGCUUAGUAAAAGGCCUGAACUUAAAAUGUAAACUCAAAAACAAAAAAAUGAGAACAGCCAUAAAAGGAACCAUCUUCUGUUUUGGAAUCUUUUCUAUUGCAAUGACAUUUUUAAACUUCCGGUUUCAAAAAGGUCCACACAGGUUACCAAAUCGCAUGCAUACUGACCAAAACAGUGUUGCUGAGAGAACAGAAUAUACUACUGUGGAAGAAAUAACAGAAACAACAACAAAAACAACAACCACAACUACAAUACCAAAAACAACAACGACUACAACACCAAAAAUAGCAACAACAACAAUAACAGACAAACUAUUACCAGAUGAAACAAGAAAAUAUUAUGCAUUGGAACCUUGGAAAGUUAAAUUGAAUAUAAAUGUGUCAAACAACGAUCCAGAUACAACGUGGCGGAUGGUUACGUUUGUAAAAUCAACCGCCACGAGGCAUAAAGAACGAGAACUGAUCCGCCGCACGUGGGCGUCAAUAAGCUUAGUAAGUGGAACUAGGUUCGAGACCAUUUUCGUGAUAGGGGAAGCACCUUCGGAAACCGCUAAAGCGUUAAUAAAAGAAGAGAGCGAGCGAUAUGGGGAUAUUCUUCAUUUUAAUGGCCCGGACAAUUAUACACAUAUUUGUUCAAAAACUUUAUCGGGCAUGAAGUGGGCUAAAGAAAAUCUCUCGCCGGAAACUUUCUACACGUCAUCAGACGAUGACGUCACAGUAGACCUCGCGGAAGUGAUACAGAACAUCGAAACCAACAUAGAGAAAGCCUCUAGUGAAAAAUGGCCAGAGUUUCCUAUUCUAUGCGGCUAUCUGAAAGGGAAGACGGACCCGCCGCAUAGAGAUAAAAACGACAAGUGGUAUAUACCGUCCUCUAUUUAUAAAUGGACAGUUUUCCCGCAAUUUUGCUUCGGCGCCUACUAUACCACUUCCGUGAGUGUAGUGAGUCAGCUGUAUACGGAAGCACUAACUAGUAAGGUGCUGGGGCAUUUGGACGACGUGUGGCUUACUGGGGUGGUACGCGAAAGAAUAGGCAUGCCUGAUACUAUGGUGAUAGCGCCCCAAACUUUCUAUGUAAAACAUAGACCAAGCUCGUUCGACAAUGAAUGGAAAAAAGCCAUUGCAAAGUUAAGGGAAAGGUCUAAGGAUAUUCAGUAUCAUUGAGCUUAAUGUAAUAGCACUGAUACGUAGUUUUAUUACCUUUAUUUGUUUGUUAGAUUAAGGUAGCGAAGAUCCACAAAUGCUUGAAACGAAAAGACAAAUUACAGCGAUAAAACAACAGUUGUUAAAACACGCUUAUAGUUAAAAUAUAUUUUAGUUUAAUUUGAAGAAAAUAAGCGUCGCUACACCCAGAAAAUAUGUAGUUUUUUUAUCUACAUGAAUACACUGUGUAUGAAGGAAUCAAUAGAUGAAUGAAACUUGUUUAUCCUCCCUUGGCGGGACAACGGCUCUAUAGGAAAUUAUUUUGUUUCUUAAUGUGUCGCUGUCAACUUAGAAUGGGAUUAUGUAUGUAAUUUAUAGUUUGUGACACAAUACAUUUUAUACAAGUUACGCAAAUACAUAAUAUGUAUCUACAUACAAAAAAC